AUGCUCUCAAGAAGUAUAGCUACCGCCGCCCGCAUGGUGCCCGCCACCAGGGCGCUGAGGCCCCGUUCGCACCCUCUCGUCAUGCUUCCCUCCAUGAUGCAGACCGUUCGCUCCUACGCCGAUUCCGUCAUCAAGGUUCCUCAGAUGGCCGAGUCCAUUUCCGAGGGUACUCUCAAGCAGUUUUCCAAGAGCAUUGGCGAUUAUGUGGAGCAGGAUGAGGAGAUUGCUACUAUCGAGACCGACAAGAUUGACGUUGCUGUCAACGCCACCGAGUCUGGUACCAUCAAGGAGUUCCUCGUUGCCGAGGAGGACACAGUCACUGUCGGACAAGACCUUGUUCGAAUUGAGCUUGGAGGCGCGCCAUCCGGUGACAAGAAGGAGGCCCCCAAAGAAGAGUCCAAGGAGCAGCCCCAGAAGUCCGAGCCCGAAUCAAAGUCUGAAUCAAAACCUGAGCCCAAGCAGGAAUCCGCUCCUGAGCCUAAGAAGGAGUCUGCUCCUGCUCCCAGCAAGCCCGAACCUCCCCGACAGGCCGAGAAGAAGGACUCCAAGCCACAGUCUGCCGCUUCCAGCGGUCCCUCUAUGGGUAACCGAGAAGAGCGCCGUGUCAAGAUGAACCGUAUGCGCCUUCGAAUUGCUGAGCGUCUCAAGCAGUCCCAAAACACGGCUGCUUCCCUGACCACCUUCAACGAGGUCGAUAUGUCCAACAUCAUGGAGUUCCGCAAGCUCUACAAGGAGGACGUUCUCAAGAAGACUGGUGUCAAGCUUGGUUUCAUGAGUGCUUUCUCUCGAGCCUGCGUUCUUGCUAUGCGCGAUCUCCCCGCCGUCAACGCCUCCAUUGAGGGUCCCAACGGCGGUGACACCAUCGUCUACCGCGACUACGUCGAUAUCAGUGUGGCUGUCGCUACCGAGAAGGGCCUUGUUACCCCUGUCGUCCGAAAUGUCGAGUCUAUGGACAUGAUUGGCAUUGAGCAAUCGAUUGCUGAUAUGGGCAAAAAGGCUCGCGACAACAAGCUUACUAUCGAGGAUAUGGCUGGUGGCACCUUCACCAUCAGCAACGGCGGUGUUUUCGGGUCUCUCAUGGGCACACCCAUCAUCAACCUCCCCCAGAGUGCUGUUCUUGGCCUCCACGCUAUCAAGGAGCGCCCCGUUGCCGUUAACGGCAAGAUUGAGAUUCGACCCAUGAUGUACCUUGCUCUUACUUACGACCACCGUCUGCUGGACGGCCGGGAGGCUGUGCAAUUCCUUGUCAAGGUGAAGGAGUACAUUGAGGAUCCCCGAAGGAUGCUCCUGUAA